AUGGCAGGGGAGGAUGGAUCUAAGUGCCCAGUUGACCAUAACUCGGGUAUAAGUUGGAAGAGUUUUUUAUGGAAGGAGAAGCCGAUUUGUAACGUUGAUGAAUCACUCAAAUCCAGCAUAGCAAGUCCUCAGGAUAGUCAACCCAAAUGCCCCGUAGAUCAUAAUGCUAGGGCAGCAUGGGCUAGCAAGGUUUCCGUUACCCCGGUUCUCUCUGAAGGUAUAGAGGAAGAAUGCAACUCAGACAGAAUUGAAAAGAGUUCAUACCCAAGUCACUCUGAUGUUAAUCUCCCUACAGAUCGAGAUGUCAGCUCCAUACCAAGGACUUCAUCCGGUUCUAAUUGGGUUUAUCCUUCUCAAAAGCAAUUUUUUGAGGCUAUGAAACGCAAAAAUUGGGAUCCAGAAGCUCGAGACAUGAAAACAAUUGUCCCUAUCCAUAAUGCUGUUAAUGAAAUGGCAUGGCACCAGAUCUUAAGAUGGGAGAGGGGUAAUUACGAAGAUGCAAUGAAGAAAUGUGGAGGAAUAAAGCUCACUAGUUUUAAAGGGGAUUCGAAAAAACUUACACCAAGAGCGUGGUUCAAAUCAACAUUACUCGGCUAUGAUAAACCAUUUGAUAGGCAUGACUGGAAGAUCGAUCGCUGUGGUGUUGAGAUUGAUUACGUUAUAGAUUUUUACGGAGGCAGCGAUCAAAGACCAGUUCAUUUGGACGUGAGACCAAAGAUUAAUUCUUGGGAAGGAUUGAAAUUGAGAUUAGAAACUGCCGUUGGAUUUUAA